GCGGUGGCGGCGGAGGAGGAAUAGGCCGGGGCAGGUCGCCUUCGCUGCCUUCUUGCCAGAAGAGAGACGCAGGGAGGGGGGAGGGGGGUGCGGCGAGCGGCUCCUCUCUCUGCCCUCUGCUCCGCUCGCGCCCCAGUGUAAUGAGGGUCACCCCCUCCCCCCAGCUGGCCCGGGAGGGGGCGCGGGGCACGGUUGAUGCGGGCACAGUAUGGAUCAGACUUGCGAACUCUCUAGAAGGAAUUGUCUGCUGUCCUUUUCUAAUCCAGUGAAUUUAGAUGCCACAGAAGACAAGGACAGCCCAUUCGGUAAUGGUCAAUCCAAUUUUUCUGAGCCACUUAAAGGGUGUACUAUGCAGUUACCGACUGCCAGUGGAACAUCCCAAAAUGCUUAUGGACAAGAUUCUCCAUCUUGUUACAUUCCACUGCGGAGACUACAGGAUUUGGCCUCCAUGAUCAAUGUAGAGUAUUUAAGUGGGUCUGCUGAUGGAUCAGAGUCCUUUCAAGACCCUGCAAAAAGCGAUUCAAGAGCUCAGUCGCCAGUUGUUCGCACUUCCUUGAGUCCUGGUGGUCCAACAGCACUUGCUAUGAAAGAGGAUCCCUCUUGUAAUAACUCCCCCGAACUCCAGUUGAGAGUAACAGAGACGACCAAGAAUGGCUUUCUGCACUUUGAGAAUUUUACUUGUGUGGACGAUGCAGAUGUAGAUUCUGAAAUGGACCCAGAACAGCCAGUCACAGAGGAUGAGAGUAUAGAGGAGCUCUUUGAGGAGACUCAGACCAAUGCCACCUGCAAUAAUGAGCCCAAAUCAGAAACUGGUGUAGAAAUGGCCGUGAGACGUGAACAAGACAGCUCACCAGAGAGUAGACAUGGUGCAGCCAAACGGCCAUUUUUGCCUUUAGCUCCUGAAACUGAAAAACAGAAAAAUAAACAAAGAAGUGAAGUGGACGGAAGCAAUGAAAAAACAGCCCUCCUCCCAGCCCCCAUUUCACUAGGAGAUACAAACAUUACCAUAGAAGAACAAUUUAACUCAAUAAAUUUAUCUUUUCAGGAUGAUCCAGACUCCAGUACCAGUACAUUAGGAAACAUGCUAGAAUUACCCGGAACCUCAUCAUCAUCCACUUCACAGGAAUUGCCAUUUUGUCAACCGAAGAAAAGAUCUACACCACUGAAAUAUGAAGUUGGAGAUCUCAUUUGGGCAAAAUUCAAGAGACGCCCAUGGUGGCCCUGCAGGAUUUGUGCUGAUCCAUUGAUUAAUACACACUCAAAAAUGAAAGUCGCCAAUAGGAGGCCCUAUCGAGAAUACUACGUGGAGGCUUUUGGAGAUCCUACUGAAAAAGCCUGGGUGGCUGGAAAAGCAAUCGUCAUGUUUGAAGGCAGGCAUCAAUUUGAAGAACUACCUGUCCUUAGGAGAAGAGGGAAACAGAAAGAAAAAGGAUAUAGACAUAAGGUUCCUCAGAAAAUUUUGAGCAAAUGGGAAGCCAGCGUUGGUCUUGCUGAGCAAUAUGAUGUUCCCAAAGGAUCUAAGAACCAAAAAUGUGUCACCAGUUCAAUCAAGUUGGACCGUGAAGAAGCUAUGCUAUUUGAGGACUGUACAAAUGACCCUGAAUCGGAGCAUGACCUGUUGCUUAAUGGCUGCCUGAAGUCUCUGGCUUUUGAUUCUGAACAUUCUGCAGAUGAAAAGGAAAAGCCCUGUGACAAGUCUCGAGCUAGAAAAAGCUCUGAAAAUAUAAAAAGGACUAGUGUGAAAAAGGGCCUCCUAUCAUUUGAAGCACAUAAAGAGGAACAGAGGGGAAAAAUUCCAGAGAACCUUGGCCUAAACUUCAUCUCUGGUAGUGUGUCUGAUAAACAGGCUUCAAAUGAACUUUCCAGGAUAGCAAACAGCCUCACAGGGUCUAAAACUGCACCAGGAAAUUUCCUCCUUUCUUCAUGUGUGCAGAGCACUGAUAAGGCAGAUUUUGAGACUUCAAAUUGUGAUUCUUUAUCAGGUUUGUCUGAGAGUGCUUUGAUCUCUAAGCAUUGUGUAGAGAAAAAGAAACUCCAGCCAGGCCUGGUGUGCAGCUCAAAAAUACAGCUCUGCUAUAUUGGAGCUGGUGAUGAGGAAAAGCGAACUGAUUCUAUUAGUGUAUGUACCACUUCUGAUGAUGGGAACAGUGAUCUGGAUCCUAUAGAACACAACCCAGAAUUUGAUAACAGUGUCGUUGAAAUUACAGAUGCUUUUGAUAGGACAGAGAGUGCUUUACCCAUGCACAAAAAUGAAACAAAGUAUUCUAAAUAUCCUGCCACAAACAGAGUAAAAGAAAAACAGAAGUCCCUUAUCACUAAUUCACAUACAGAUCUCUUAAUGGAUUCUGCCAAGACAGUGGAACCUGGAACUGCUGAGAUGUCUCAGGUUGAUCGUUCUGAUCUUAAAGUCUGUACUCCUGUUCCUAAACCCCAACCAGAAUUUAGAAAUGACAGUCUUACUCCAAAAUUCAGCGCAUCACCAAGCAUUUGUAGUGAUAACUCCUUGACAAAGGGUGGGGCUCCAAAUCAAACUCUGUUACCUUUAAAAAGCAGACAGCCCAAGUUCCGCAGUAUAAAAUGCAAGCAUAAAGAAAACCCAGCUGAUGCAGAAUCCUCGGCUACAAAUGAGGACCUCAACUUGAAAUGUUCUUCUGAUACCAAAGGCUCUCCUUUGGCCAGCAUAUCCAAAAGUGGGAAAGUAGAGGGCCUAAAACUACUGAAUAAUAUGCAUGAGAAAACCAGAGAUUCAAGUGACAUAGAAACAGCGGUAGUGAAACAUGUUCUGUCAGAGUUGAAGGAACUCUCCUACAGAUCGUUAAGUGAGGAUGUCAGCGACUCUGGAACAUCAAAGUCAUCAAAGCCAUUACUGUUUUCUUCUGCUUCUAGUCAGAAUCAUAUACCUAUUGAACCAGACUACAAAUUUAGUACAUUGCUAAUGAUGCUGAAAGACAUGCACGACAGUAAGACUAAGGAGCAACGGUUGAUGACUGCUCAAAAUGUGGCUUCCUACCGUACUCCAGAUCGUGGGGACUGUUCUACUAGUAGCCCUGUAGGGACAUCAAAAGUUUUGCUGUUAGGAGGUUCCACACACAAUUCUGAAAAAACUGGAGAUAGUACUCAAGAUGCUGUCCGACUGAAUUCUAGUGAGGGUGACUCUGCCUUGUCUGGAGAAUUGUCUUCUUUGCCUGGCUUAGCUUCUGACAAAAGAGACCCUGCUUGUGGUAGAAGUCGCACAAACUGUAUUCCAAGGCGCAACUGUGGCCGAGCAAAGCCAUCGUCCAAAUUGAGAGAAGCAGUUUCAGCCCAGACGGCAAAACCCCCAAUAAACCCAAAAACCUUAAAGACCCAGCGGAAAAGAAAGUUGAAUCGACCUCCAGCCGUGAGCAUUGGCACUAACUUGCUGGGAGACAAAGAAAGUGGAAGUUUAGUGAAUGGCCCAUCAAGGGGUGGGGCUGAGGAUCCUGGUAAAGAAGAGCCUCUUCAGCAGAUGGGCCAUUUAAGAAAGGAAGACGGCCAUUUUUCUGAUGUACAUUUUGAUAGCCAGGUUAAACAAUCUGACCCUGAUAAAAUUCUUGAAAAAGACCCUUCUUCUGAGAACAGGAAAGGCCCAGAGCUGGAGUCUGAAAUGAAGGGUGAGAAUGAUGGACCCCAUGGUGUUAAUCAAGUGGUGCCUAAAAAGCGGUGGCAGCGAUUAAACCAAAGGCGCCCUAAGCCUGGAAAACGCACUAACAGAUUUAGGGAGAAAGAAAACUCUGAGGGUGCCUUUGGAGCCUUGCUUCCUGGUGACUCUGUGCCUAAGGGGCGGGAUGACUACUUGGAACCACGAGCUCCUCCUACAAGCAUACUUGAGGACUCAGCAGCAGAUCCCAAUCAUGUUGGCCUCUCGGAUUCAGUUGGGCCACGACUAAAUGUUUGUGAUAAAUCCAGUGUUAGCAUGGGUGAUGGGGAAAAGGAGACAGGAAUUCCCAAUUUGACACCACAGACCAAGCUCCCUGAGCCAGCUAUUCGGUCAGAGAAGAAACGUCUUAGGAAGCCAAGCAAGUGGCUUCUGGAAUAUUCAGAAGAAUAUGACCAGAUAUUUGCUCCUAAGAAAAAACAAAAGAAGGUACAGGAACAAGUGCAUAAGGUAAGUUCCCGCUGUGAAGACGAAAGCCUUCUUGCCCGAUGUCGCUCUAGUGCUCAGAACAAGCAGGUGGAUGAGAAUUCUUUGAUUUCAACUAAAGAAGAGCCUCCAGUUCUUGAAAGAGAGGCUCCAUUUUUGGAAGGGCCCUUGGCUCAGUCAGAUCUUGGAGUUGGACAUGCUGAGUUGCCACAGCUGACCUUAUCUGUUCCUGUGGCUCCAGAAGUCUCUCCGCAGCCUGCCCUUGAGUCUGAGGAAUUGCUUGUUAAGACACCAGGGAAUUAUGAAAGUAAGCGUCAAAGAAAACCAACUAAGAAACUUCUUGAAUCUAAUGAUUUAGACCCUGGAUUUAUGCCCAAGAAGGGUGAUCUUGGCCUUUCUAGAAAGUGCUUUGAAGUGGGUUCUUUGGAGAAUGGCAUUGUUGACUCACGUGCUACAUCUCAUUUGAAAGAGUAUCGUGGAGGCACAACCAAGAUAUUUGAUAAACCAAGGAAGCGAAAACGACAAAGGCAUGUUACAGCCAGAGUACACUAUAAAAAAGUGAGAAAGGACGGCUCCUCAAAAGAGGCUCCACGCUCGGAGGGAGAACUGAUGAUCCACAGGACUGCUGCCAGCCCCAAGGAGAUUCUUGAAGAUGGUGUAGAACAUGAUCCUGGGAUGUCUGCAUCCAAAAAAUUACAGGGUGAACGCGGUGGAGGAGCAGCACUCAAGGAGAAUGUUUGUCAGAACUGUGAAAAACUGGGUGAGCUGUUACUAUGUGAAGCUCAAUGCUGUGGGGCUUUCCACCUGGAGUGCCUUGGCCUAACUGAGAUGCCGCGAGGAAAAUUUAUCUGCAACGAGUGUCGCACAGGAAUCCAUACCUGUUUUGUCUGUAAACAGAGUGGGGAAGAUGUGAAAAGGUGCCUUCUGCCCUUGUGUGGGAAGUUUUACCAUGAACAAUGUGUCCAGAAGUACCCACCAACUGUCAUGCAGAACAAGGGCUUCCGGUGCCCCCUGCACAUCUGUAUAACUUGCCAUGCUGCUAAUCCAGCCAAUGUAUCUGCUUCUAAAGGUCGUCUGAUGCGUUGUGUCCGAUGUCCUGUGGCCUACCAUGCUAAUGACUUUUGUCUUGCCGCUGGGUCAAAAAUCCUUGCAUCUAAUAGUAUCAUCUGCCCUAAUCACUUCACCCCUAGGCGGGGCUGCCGAAAUCAUGAGCAUGUUAAUGUCAGCUGGUGUUUUGUGUGCUCAGAAGGAGGCAGUCUUCUGUGCUGUGACUCCUGUCCUGCUGCUUUCCAUCGUGAGUGCCUAAACAUUGAUAUCCCUGAAGGAAAUUGGUAUUGCAAUGACUGUAAGGCUGGCAAAAAACCACACUAUAGGGAGAUUGUCUGGGUGAAGGUUGGUCGAUACAGGUGGUGGCCAGCUGAGAUCUGCCAUCCUCGAGCUGUACCCUCUAACAUUGAUAAAAUGAGACAUGAUGUGGGAGAGUUCCCUGUUCUCUUCUUUGGGUCUAAUGACUAUCUAUGGACUCAUCAGGCCCGAGUUUUCCCUUAUAUGGAAGGAGAUGUGAGCAGCAAAGAUAAAAUGGGAAAAGGAGUGGAUGGAACAUAUAGAAAAGCUCUUCAGGAAGCUGCAGCGAGGUUUGAAGAGUUAAAGGCCCAAAAAGAGCUAAGACAACUGCAGGAAGAUCGAAAGAAUGACAAGAAGCCACCACCUUAUAAACAUAUAAAGGUGAACCGACCUAUUGGUAGGGUACAGAUCUUCACUGCAGACUUGUCAGAAAUUCCCCGUUGCAACUGUAAAGCUACUGAUGAGAAUCCCUGUGGGAUAGAUUCAGAGUGUAUCAACCGGAUGCUGCUCUAUGAGUGCCAUCCCACGGUGUGUCCUGCUGGAGGGCGCUGUCAAAACCAGUGCUUCAGCAAGCGCCAGUAUCCAGACGUCGAAAUUUUCCGCACAUUACAGAGGGGCUGGGGUCUCCGGACAAAAACAGAUAUUAAAAAGGGUGAGUUUGUGAAUGAGUAUGUGGGUGAACUAAUAGAUGAAGAAGAGUGCAGAGCUCGAAUCCGUUACGCACAGGAACACGAUAUCACUAAUUUCUAUAUGCUCACUCUAGAUAAAGUAAGUAAUAUAAAAUUGUUUUUUUAUGCAGGCACUGAACUUACCUUCAAUUACAACCUAGAAUGUCUUGGGAAUGGAAAAACUGUCUGCAAAUGUGGAGCCCCGAACUGCAGUGGCUUCCUGGGUGUGCGGCCAAAGAAUCAACCCAUUGUCACUGAAGAAAAGUCCAGGAAAUUCAGGAAGAAGCAACACGGGAAGCGCAGGAGCCAGGGUGAAGUCACAAAGGAGAGAGAGGAUGAGUGUUUCAGCUGUGGGGAUGCUGGUCAGCUCGUCUCCUGCAAGAAGCCAGGCUGCCCGAAAGUUUACCAUGCUGACUGUCUCAAUCUGACCAAGCGACCAGCAGGGAAGUGGGAAUGUCCUUGGCACCAGUGUGACGUAUGUGGGAAGGAAGCAGCCUCCUUUUGUGAGAUGUGUCCCAGCUCCUUUUGCAAGCAGCAUCGAGAAGGGAUGCUUUUCAUUUCCAAGCUCGAUGGGCGUCUGUCUUGUACUGAACAUGAUCCCUGUGGGCCCAACCCUCUGGAACCGGGGGAGAUCCGUGAGUAUGUGCCGCCCCCAGUGCAACUGCCUCCAAGCCCCAGCACUCAACUGACAGAACAGUCAUCAGGAAUGGCUACUCAGGGACCCAAGAUGCCUGAUCAGCCACCUACUGAUGCCACCCAGAGGCUGCCAGUCUCAAAAAAAGCCCUGACAGGGACUUGUCAGAGGCCACUGCUACCUGAAAGACAUGAGAGAACUGAGUCUAGCUCCCACCUUUUAGAUAGGGUUAGAGACCUUGCUGGGUCAGGGACCAAAUCCUUGGUAUCCAACCAGAGGCCACAGGACAGACCACCUGCUAAAGAAGGACCAAGACCUCAGCCAUCUGACAAAGCCUCUUCAAUGACCAAGCCAAGCUCCUCACCCUCAGUCAGGUCCCUGCCACUGGAAAGACCUCUGGGAAUGAUUGACCCAAGGCUGGAUAAAUCCAUAGGUGCUGCCAGCCCAAAGUCCCAGUCAGUGGAGAAAUCCCCAGCCCCCACUGGCCUGAGACUUUCACCACCAGACAGACUGUUGACUACCAGCAGUCCCAAACCCCAGAUUUCUGAUAGGCCCCCAGACAAAUCCCAUGCCUCUUUGACCCAGAGACUUCCUCCUCCUGAGAAAGUACUAUCAGCUGUGGUCCAGUCUCUGGUAGCUAAAGAAAAAGCACUGAGGCCUGUGGACCAGAACACUCAGUCAAAGCACAGACCUGCGCUAGUGAUGGAUCUCAUAGACCUAACUCCUCGCCAAAAGGAGAGGGCUGGAUCUCCGCAUGAAGUCACACCACAGGCUGAUGAAAAGACGCCAGUGCUGGAAUCAAGCUCGUGGCCAUCUAGCAAAGGUCUGGGGCACAUGCCACGAGCUGUGGAGAAAAGCAGCGUGUCAGAGUCCCUUCUGCCAGCUGGGAAAGCAGCAGCUCCUUCAGAACACCCUUGGCAAGCUGUUAAGUCACUCACCCAGGCCAGACUUCUUUCUCCAUCUUCUGCCAAGGCUUUUUUAUAUGAAUCAGCAACUCAAGCCUCAGGAAGAGCUCCUGUAGGAGCUGAGCAGACCCCAGGACUUCCCAGCACAGCACCCAGCCUCAUUAAACAGGGAAAGCAGCUAUCUAGAGGACUUACUGCCAAGAGUGGGCAGUCCUUCAGGUCUCUUGGGAAGAUCCCAGCUUCUCUCCCCAAUGAAGAGAAGAAGUUGACAACCACAGAACAGAGUCCCUGGGGCCUGGGAAAAGCCUCACCAGGGGCAGGGCUUUGGCCCAUAGUGGCUGGACAGACACUAGCCCAAGCUUGCUGGUCUACUGGGGGCACACAGACAUUGGCACAAGCUUGUUGGUCCCUUGGAAGAGGGCAAGACCCCAAACCAGAGCAAAAUACAAUUCAAGCUCUUAACCAGGCUCCUUCUAGUCGCAAAUGUGCAGAGUCAGAACAGAAAUAAUGCAGUAAAUAUCACAUAACCAGGCAAGCUGUCCCCGGGGUGCCGUUGGGGUUGGGGGGAGGGGGAUAAUCCUUCUUUCCCUUCUCUUCUUAAACAGAAAUAUUCCCAACACUUCCACUGUUCUUCUUUUCUUAUAUCCCAACACUCAGAACUCUCGUGGCAUUAGCCCAUGGGGACUUGUGGUUGUGUGAACCAUGUAUGGAAAUCGUCGGGCCCCAGUCAAGGAGACAGACAGACUUGAGUCUCUUUGCCCUAACUUUUACAUAUGGUCAACUUAAAAUAAAAAGUCCACUCUGCAAUCAAGCAUGGAAUUCAAUUCCAGUGAUCAAGUUGGAAAGUAUAGAGGCUCACAAAGCUACUUCCCUGGCCCAGCAGUGCCCCGUUGAGAACACCUGAUAAACCUUUAGGAGGAUCUGAUGCUCAUUCAAAUCACUGGCAGUUUUCUGAGUAUUGCUGUAUGCUAGGUCAGGAGGCUAGUCAUUGUGUAAGACAGAAUUACAUAAGGCCUGAUCCCAAUGAGCCUGACUUGCCUGCUUGGGUCCCCAAGCAGAUUCAAGGACCUCUGACCAGGGAACAACAGAAAGUACUGCUAGGCCAUGGGUUUCCAGGUUUGUUCUCAAAUAUUUUUGUGUGUAUGUAUGCGUGUGUGGCCCAGAAUGUGUCUGUAUUGAACAUGUUUCCUGGUUGGACUGUGCAUGCAUGUGCGUGCCUGCAAAGCUCUUCUCUGUAAAUGGAAGGGUGCUACAUCAAGGCCAAGGCAAGCUGUUGACUGGGACUUUUACCUGUGUAUUGCAGUCUGAAGAUUUGUUCUUGGAGGAGCAUCAGGUUAGAGGGAGCUGGUUUCUGAGAAUGUAGUGUCCCAGAAGUGGACAAAGGAAAUUGGCAAGCUUACCUUUCUUUUCUACCACUAAUCCUUUUCUAAGAACCUACCCCAUCCACAUUUCCUCAAACACUCAGGUGCUUUCAGAUUUCAGUCUCGGGCAGUGGACAUAGGGAAUUUCUGGCAAACUCCUAGCAAGACACACCACCUUCAAGAAGAGUGUCAGAUUCUGAUGGGAAUUUUCUUCCGGUCUCAUGCCCUCCUACCUGAAGGGAGGGAACUCUUUCCACCUCCCUGUAAAUGGUUGUGCUUUCUGUUACAGAGAGCACAUGCCUGGUCACUUAGCUCAAUGGCAAGCCAGAACUCUUCCCCAAGACUGGAGAGACGUGGUGUUUGGAGCAGUGUCCAAUCUAAGACGACUCCUCGUAACUGCUGAUUAUCUGUUACUGCUGCCCUGAGCUGGGGCCCAAGGGCUGGGAAUCUGUUGGUGCUACCCUGCCCUUCCAUUUCCCCAGCUCACAAACUGCCAACAGAAAGUGCUGUUUGGCUAGUUCUCUCACACUCACCCUGCCCCUUGUCCUCAGACCAUGUGUUCGUUUACCUGUCUGCUUUGCCAACGUAGUAUCUUUAGCUAACAAAUGGCAUCUCCUGGCCAAAACAUCUGGCCUUUCUGUCCCAGUUACAGCUUUUAUACCCUCAAUAGGAUUCUGUUUGCCCCAGGUUCCUCCUAAGUUCCUGUUGAGGUUAGCUUCCAUCACUUUUCAAAAGGAAAGAACAGUGUUGGUUACUGAAGCAUUUGUACUUUAUAUAAAAAUUGAGAGUAGUGUCUGCUUUUAUUUCCCCAAGUCUGUCUCUGGGGUAGAAACCCCUGAACUCAGGCAGAGGGAUGAGGCUAGGACAGGGCUGACCCGAGUUUGGGGGCUAGUCCCUGCACCUCUCUGAGACCUCAGAAUCUCCUCUCUGAAUUACGCCUGCCUAGUUCUCCCCUUUCCUCCUUUCUUUCCACAUCAUCAGAGUAAGAAAAGCUCUGUGUUCAAAAGGAAGAGAAAACAUAAAGCAUCUUAUUUUCUUUUAAAAAAAUUUUUAAACCAUGAAGAAAAUAUUUUUAAAGAAAUUCACCCAGGAAAUUAAAGUUCACUAUAUUGCAUAUUUAUCAUGUGUGAAGAUAUAAGUAUAUAACUGCAGCUAGUAGACCCCUUUCCUGAUUUCUUAGGUUGUGUGCGUAGGUUUGCUUGGUGCCAGUCCUGUGCCCUUUGCUCUCCUGUCAUCUGUAGUUGUGAUCAGAAACAGAUGUCUGCACUGCACUGUCAGAGUCUCCGUUCACUAUGUUGUGUGUUUGAUUACCGUAGCUCUGUUUCAUGAAAUAAACUGUGAAUUGGGGGGUGGGGGGUGCAGGCUAUGUAAAAUUUUUAAGUGAAGUUUAGUCUUGACUUAACUUCUCUAAAAUAGGUUUCAGUAGUUAAUUGGCUUUGACAGCUGUCUAGAAGUGUCUCACAGAACAGGAGGGAGGGAUGGGGUCACGAUUGGCCACUUGUGUUUGUUGCGAUAUUUUCAUUCACCGCCAUUCUUUGGAGCCUUCCUUCCAGACCUGCUGGGAAAACAUCUGAACUGUGUACUUGUGGGGUGGAGGGAGUGAGGGGCAUGGGUGAGAAACAACCCUUCUAAUGACAGGCACGUUUUGUUCAUGGCCACUGAAAGACUCUCAGGUUGUUGAGUUGGAACUAGACAUUUGAGCGGAGACCCACAGCUAACAGCAUGAGUCGUGUUAAAAUAGGGCAUUGGUUACUGUCUGUCCUUCAGUAACAAGUGCUUAGGGAGCAGGGACUUGAGUGUGAUGGUGGGAAGAGGGUGAUCUUGCAGUUCUGGGCUGCGUUUGAAUCCUGUAAUAACCCUUUCUUUGAGGGUGUGAAUUGGCAACACAGAAAAUCUUACUAGAAACUUCUGAUCAUUGGACAGGUUGUAUUUUGGCAUUGGCAUUUGGCUGAGUGCUUGAAAUUUGGAUUGCCAGAGAAUCUACCUGUGAGAUAGCACCUAGGAAGUUCUUUCCAGGGACAAGCCAAAGGCAGAAAUGCUCCUAGGUAGUGACUAUACUUCUUGUUUAGUUAGAGGGAAAAGGGUGGAAUUGUUGAAAUUUGCAUUUAAAACUUCAUUUGUUCUUCCUGUUGGAGCCAACCCAUUUUAAUAGAAGGUAGCCACCAUUUACAACCCCCCCCCUAGUAUUUUUAGAUGUCUGCUUCCCUAAAAUUACUGAGUUUGAAAUUAUUUGCAUAACUGUGUCAUUUUUUUUAACGAAUUCUGCAUCUUUGGUAUUCAUAUCCUCUACCCCACAUGUACAGUCUGGGCUUGAAGUGCAGUAGUAGUGAGCCUUCGUGGCUCUGCACUGUCAGUUCCCUGAAGAUGAACUUUGAGAUUGUAUUCCAGUGUUGUUCCACAACUGACAGGAAGGAUGUCUAGGUCGUCCAUGCAGGGCAAUCAGGAGAGCAUUCAAUCAGAUGGGUCUUGCCCUGGCUCCAAAAAAUUAAGUUUUCUAAAACUUGUCAGGAUAUUGUUAUCCUCUUGGGGAUGUUGUCAUUGAAUGAAAAGAGGCCCAGUGUCCUCACCUCCUAGAUCAGGGGACAGGAGCAGCAGCAGGAAUAUCCUGUUGUUAAAAUUGAGUGAUUAAUGUUAAAAGUAUCCCAAGUCAUUUAGACCUAGGUAGCUUCUGCAGGAGCUUUGAUUGGCUAUGACCAGUUUGUUUCCAGCUGAGCUUCCUAGGUCAGUGCAGUUCUAUAGUGUAAAUUGAAAUACAAAUAAUUGCUUUGUACACAAAACAAUGUAAUGAUGGUGCUAAUCUCAUGGUAUAAAUAAGCACUGCCAAGGUUUGAGGAAGUGGUGACAUGAGAAACCCCAGUUCCCGUUUGGGAAGAUAAUUUAUGUAGGUUCCUUUCAGCUCUAUGAGAGAUAGGAGGCAGGCAGUGUCACUGAUGCCUGCCAACCCAACCCUGGAGUUUUUAGUACGAUCCAGAGGUGAAGAGAUGAUCCCAAAUCCAGAUGAUGGCCACUGAGUUUCUCAGGGCUAGGGUCACCUUUGUCCCAUCCUGUCUAGGACAGUUUAGAAGAGAACUAUGGGUGUGGGGUAUCCACUACCUUCUGCUUCUCUACCUCUUCCCCUCUCAUGGCAGCAUCUCAAUUGCUUAUGAAUAAGGGCAAUGUCUCUUAAGAACGUUGGGAGAGUUUUAUUUAGACAACUACAACCUCACAAGAGAUGUUUUCUUACCAACAUAAGCAAAACAAAAACUCUUUUGUGGUCUUUAUCCUAGAGUAGCCUUCCUGUGACUUAAGAACAUCAGACUAUGAGGGGCUCCAAGAGUAGCUCUUGGGAGCUUAGCACAGAUUGACAGGUAAACACGGGGAGCAGAGUAGAAACCAAGGAGGGUCCUGGUGUUCUCAUUCCAGGGUGGACAGAGUAGGUGGUCUCCAGGCUAUGGUGGUGCCGCCUUAUGUAUGUAGGUGAGUGUGAAAGUUGGGUGAGUACAGCACCUAGGAGCUCAUGGAAAAGCAGCUUUUUAGGUCUUGGCGAAGAAAGCUGACUAGAAAGCUCUAUUUUUUAAAUGGGAAAAGGGUUCAGCCAAGGUCCAUCACUGUGUUCUCACCCCCCCAACAGAUUGUCAGCUGGAAGUGAACCUCCUAGUGAAAAAGAGGGGAGCCCUGUGCUAGGAGUCCCCAUAAACAUGUACUGUAAUUCUUUGUAUAUAGAAAAAAAUUACUGUAAAGUAAAGUUUAACUUUACUCUUA